GACUAAAUCAUUUGCUACGUAUUACGAAACUGGCUGAUGGUCGAUGAAGCUACUAAGAAGACUCUUGCUGCCAUACCACUCCUCAAAACUAAAGCUGGUCCUUUAGAUGGAGAAAUGUGGGUACAAAGAUUAAAAGAGGAGUACCAAGCCCUGAUAAAAUAUGUUGAAAAUAAUAAGGCAGCGGACAACGAUUGGUUUCGAAUUGAGUCAAAUCAAAACGGAACCAGGUGGUAUGGAAAAUGUUGGUAUAUAAGUGACAUGAAGAAAUAUGAAUUCGAUCUCAAUUUUGAUAUACCUGUCUCCUACCCAAGUACAAAUCCGGAACUUGCUUUACCAGAGCUUGAUGGAAAGACGGCAAAAAUGAAUGUUCCGAAAUUCGGCAUCGCUCACGCAAUUGCACUCGGUUUGGGUCCUUGGCUAGCAGUGGAGAUACCUGAUCUGAUAUCAAAGGGAAUAGUUAAAUACAGAGAUGAUGAGUAA